AUGGCGGACCAGGCGCGCGAUGGGCUUGUGAAGACGUUCAAGAGCCUGCUCGAAUCUGGCGACUAUUCUGACUUUAUCAUCACUUGCGGCGAUGACACCUACAACGUUCACAAAGCUGUGGUUUGUGCUCGAUCAGGCUUCCUCAAGGGCGCGGAGAGGUUCGCUGCUGGUCAAGACGCCGCAAGUGCUAAAGCCGAUCUUUCAGAAGAUCAACCAGCGAUCGUUAAGCUUCUUGUGCAGUACCUUUACGAGGGCGAAACAUCCAAUAUCAACGCAUCGCAACUCCUCCUCAGCGCCAAGAUGUACGAGAUCGGCGACAAGUACGAUGUGCUCGGGUUAAAGCAACUCGCUCUUGCUAAGUUUUCCCUCGCAUACACCGAGCACUGGGAUAGUAGGAAGUUUGCUUCAGCCGCUCAUCACACCUUCUCCACAACACCAGAGAGCGACAAAGGCCUCCGAGACAUCGUCACCAAGACCAUCUCAGACCACAUGCAGAUUCUCAAAUCACCGGCGGUGGAAGCGCUACUCACCGAGUUCAACGGCCUAGCUGUUGCCUUACUCAAGAUGCGCGCGGAGGAACUGGGGUGGAUCUAG